GGCGUGGUCAAAAAUGCGCCAAAUAAUUUUGUCCCUCUUGGUAUUUUAGAAAUGUUGAGAGAGGUAUGACUCAGUUACAUCUCCUGCAACACUCUUUGUCAUAUGAAGGGGUCGCUGUACGUUUUAAAUGAACUCUCCCUGCCAUGAGCCCGUUUCAAAGAAGUUUACACUUUCAAUUAUACAAUCUGGUGGCAGUUCUACUUCAGUCAGGGGCGCGCUUCAAUGACGUAAUAGGUCCGCUCCAUAAGCGGCUCGUAAGAAAACUUGUUAGCAAAGAGGGUUCCGCUCACCAUGGACAGUUCUCUGCCUGAGCAGGUUAGGGUCGAGUUGCCGGGGACAUUAGAGCAAUUCCAGGUGACGUUGGGUGCUGAUGUGGAGAGUAAAGUAGUGGAGUGCGUGAGGGAGGCAGCGAGGUGCCUGUACAGAGGGGCUGCGGAGCAGUGCGGGGCGCUAGGGGAUCUGAUCAUUGAUUACAGCUGGGAGAAGUUAAAUGCGCGGAACUGGAGGGAAGUCGGGCGGGAAUGGCGUGCUGUGUAUUCCUAUGGCUGCCUAUUCAGGGCUGUUGGCUUGUGCAGUGAUACGGCCCCGGGUAGAACAGAGGAAGCGCUGAAGGUAUGUGACAUGGGGCUGCUGAUGGGAGCAGAGAUCAUGGACAAUGUCCUGGGCCGCAUCAUACGCGCUCUGCAGAGAAUAAAUCACUUGAGGGAAGAAACUAAACUGGCGUCAGACAGGGGGGUACUGGAACCUGGUCUGGAGAGAUCUGAAUCAGAGGAACAUGGCAACAACAUAUCCUUUACCUCUGUUCAAGGACAAAAAAGGAUUAGAGAUGGACCAGAAGAUGACUUUGAUGCAAAAGGUUGCAGUAUUCCCGAGAAGAUGCCUUGUCCGCUUGUUCCAGUGCUGGAUUCUGAGACCACCAUACCAAAGCUGCACUGCCCCUCUCUUGAGCACUUCAAAGAACACUAUCUGGUACCCCAAAAGCCUGUCGUGUUGGAAGGAGUAAUUGACCAUUGGCCAUGCCUGAAGAAAUGGAGUGUGGAAUACAUAAAGAGGGUGGCUGGAUGUCGCACUGUUCCGGUGGAGUUGGGGUCCAGAUAUACAGAUACAGAGUGGUCUCAGAGAUUAAUGACCAUAAAUGAGUUCAUCAAUAAGUACAUUCUGGAUAAGCAACACGGCAUUGGAUAUCUUGCUCAGCAUCAACUGUUUGAACAGAUCCCUGAAUUAAAGGAGGACAUUAGUAUACCAGAUUACUGCUGUUUGGGAGAGGCCAGUGAAGAGGACAUUACCAUUAAUGCAUGGUUUGGGCCAGCAGGAACUGUGUCUCCUCUUCACCAGGAUCCACAGCAGAAUUUCUUGGCACAGAUUGUAGGGAGAAAAUACAUACGAGUAUAUUCAGUAGCUGAGACUGAAAGCCUAUAUCCUUUUGAAGGUUCAAUCCUUCACAACACAAGCCAGGUUGAUGUUGAAAGUCCAGACAGUAAUAAAUUCCCUAAAUUUCCACAAGCAGUAUAUCAAGAAUUCAUUCUCUCUCCAGGGCAGGUUCUGUUCAUCCCAGUGAAAUGGUGGCACUAUAUCAGAGCACUUGAUCUCAGCUUUUCUGUCAGUUUUUGGUGGUCUUGAUCCCUGCUGUUCAACAUUGAAAAGGGGCUACAAAUAGUUAAAGGAGAACUAAACCCUAAAUUAUGAAGAAUAAAUGGAGUGUGCUUUAUAUAAGCUAGCGGAGUAAGUGCAAAGUUGCUAGGUGUAGGACAAAUAUAAAGCUACUGUGUAAAAAUGUGUUCUCUGUAUAUUUACUGCCUCUGGACAGGUACAGUUAGCUGGAGUCAUAAGCAUAGGAGACUGGGCUGUAUGAUGUGUGCAUUCAUAUGGGACACUGUAAAGAAGAUGCAAUCUAUCCAUCGUACUUCUAUUUAAGCCCUUGAGACUCACAAUUUACAGUAGAACUGAUUUUUUUAUUGUAUACACUGAACAGUAAGCAACCUUUUACUCAGGCAGUAAAGAGGCCACUGUACUUUGUACACUGCUUUUCAAUCUCUGUGGUUGUCAUAAUAACCCAUUGGCUAUCUCUGACCACAAAGUCCAUUAUUUUUGUAACUAAUCCUUUCAUGGGCUUUAGUUCUCCUUUAAGCAGUUCUAAAGUAUUUUAUACAACCCUUCCUAUGGAAGACUAAAAGAAGGCAAGCUGGGUGCACAAUAGCUAGAUUGUUGUACAAAACCAGGACCACAGUUGCCUCCAGUUUAUAUAGCACUUCAUGUUAAAUUUAUAUUUUUUAAGUUAUUAAUUGUUAAUACCUGUAUUAAAAAAAGUUACUGGUUUCAAAAAAAUCUGUUCAGCUCCAGGUGCUGUGGCCCAUGGAGGCAGAUUAAAAUGGAAAGACUUUGUUAUACCAAGACUCCAUAUCAUUGUAUCCAUUAUCUGCAAGAAAGUGCUGCUGACUUUUAAAAAGGAGUGUCAUAUAGUUGAAAUUAGAAACGGUCAGCAUUCACAAUAUAGAGGUGCCCAGGUUUAAAAAGGAUUUGAUGUUACAAAUGUGGACAUGAGUGUGUCUCUUCCUUUCUGUCAUGCCUCCAAUGAAAUCAUAACAAAAUGUCAGACUAUGCUAUAAGCUGCAAGGUCACCUCACCAAGGAAGAUUCUCACAUAUACCUUAAACCAAAAGAUGUUCUUUUUAAUGAAAUAAAGUGGCUUAAAGACUGGA